AUGGGAGAUAGAAACGAAAAGGAAAGCCAGGUUAUGCUUCAUUACCCGAUGUUGUCCAGAAACAAUUAUGCUGCUUGGGCGAUAAAGAUGAAAGUCUUCAUGCAAGCCCAAGGCGUGUGGGAUGCAGUUGAGCCCAAAACCACGAACACAGUAGUCGAACAAAAGAAGGAUAAAAUGGCGAUGGCGGCCAUCUAUCAAGGGAUACCGGAAGACUUAUUGUUGUCAUUGGCUGAGAAACAAACAGCUGAGGAGGCGUGGGAAGCGCUGAAGACUAUGUUCCUUGGAGCGGACAGAGUAAAGACAGCAAGAGUUCAAACUCUUAAGGCUGAGUUCGAAGUCUUAAGCAUGAAAGAAGUGGACACCAUUGAUGAGUUUGCUGGGAAAGUAAACAACAUCGUGAGUAAUAUUAGGGCAUUGGGAGAUAAACUAGAAGAGUCGUAUGUUGUGAAGAAAUUGCUUAGAGCCGUUCCAGAAAAAUUCCUGCAUAUUGCCUCUACAAUAGAGCAGUUUGCUGAUCUCGAGACUAUGUCUGUUGAAGAAGUGGUGGGACGGUUAAAAGCCCAUGAAGAGAGGGUACAUGGUCGAGGGGAAAACAGUGAAGGAAAAGUGUUGUUGACCCAACAAGAGUGGCUUGAGAAGAGUAAAAAGAAAAAUGAUGAGGCUCAACGGAUGUCACAAAAGAAUGGUAGGGGAGGAUACUCAAACACACGUGGACGGGGUCGUGGCCGUGGAAGAGGCGGCUGGAACAACGGUGGCGGACGGAGGGGUGGCGGCCCUCAUCAGCACCGCAAUAAUAGACAUGAUACUGGGAGUAGCAGAGACAAAACCAGGGUACAAUGUUACAACUGCCAAGAUUUUGGCCAUUACGCCUCAGAGUGCAAGAACCCACGGAAGGAAAGGAAUCAGGAGGUGCAUCUGACCAAGGCCAAGAUGAAGAUGAACCAGCACUUUUGUUAG